GUUUGGAAGCUCACCAAAGUUCCCUGAUUUCACGACAACCCACAAACACUAUCCUCAAAAAUGGCUCAACAACGCGUCGGAGCAUCUGGUAACAAAUACCGUUUGACUCUCGGUUUGCCUGUGGGUGCGGUCCUCAACUGUGCCGAUAACAGUGGGGCGAAAUCCCUCUUUAUCAUUGAGCCAUAUGGAUUCGGAUCGCAUCUGAACCGACUUCCUGACGCUGGUGUUGGUGAUAUGGUCGUUGCAUCUGUGAAGAAGGGAAAGCCCGAGUUGAGGAAGAAGACUAUGCCCGCUAUUGUUAUCCGCCAACGGAAAGCAUGGCGCCGACGGGAUGGUGUUUUCCUCUACUUUGAGGACAAUGCUGGUGUUAUCGUUAACCCCAAGGGUGAAAUGAAGGGAUCUGCUAUCACUGGCCCUGUCGCAAAAGAAUGCGCGGAUCUCUGGCCGCGUAUUGCAUCUAACGCCGGUACAGUGGUAUGAUUGGAGCAUGUCGGUCGUAGUCCCUCUUCUUUUGUUAUUGCUGUAAUACACCUACAUGAUGCCGCAAAAUCCAUGUUGCAUGCCUCCAAUUUUCGACGUACUGUCAAGAUUGCAACCGCAUCUGUCGUAUACAGGUCCACAGCAGCAAUAUCCAAGAGACU